AAAGCUUUUGAGUUUGACUCUAGGAACUAGAACUAAACAACAUAGGAAACCAAUGCUUUGUCAGUUGUCACUUUGAUGUAACCGACAUUUUUGCUAUGGAUAUUUGCCACAAACCGUACCGAUUUUCGGUAACUCCGUUUGAAUUCAGCCAUGUCCGGAGAAAUUUCUGUCUUCCAAGGUCGCAAACGACACCGUUUUGUCCACGAAUACCGGUUGCUAGCAGCAAUUCACUCUCCGAGACCGAUUCGUCGGAACCGAAAUCUCGGAACCGGAUGUUCAUUCUAGGGAUGGGUUUCGUCGGACAGUUCUUCUCUCAAGCUCUCAAGAACCAAGGAUGGGCUGUCUCUGGGACUUGCACAAGUAUUACGAAGAAGAAGCAGCUUGAAGAGAAGGGUUUUGAUAUUUACCUUUUUGAUGCAAAUCAACCAGAACAGAGCACCAUUGAUUUAAUGAAAUAUCAUACUCACCUUCUUGUUUCAAUCCCUCCUGUUGUGGGUAUUGGUGACCCGAUGCUUCAGCAUGAAGAACUUCUAAGGAGUACACUAAUGGAUGGGAAUCUUCAAUGGCUUGGUUAUUUGUCAUCAACUAGUGUUUAUGGAGAUUGUGGUGGUGCUUGGGUAGAUGAGGAUUAUCCUACUAUCCCUACAAGCGAGUUGGCUAACUUAAGGUUAGUUGCUGAGAAGAGAUGGUUAAAUCUGGGUGAUGAUCUCGGGCUCUCAGCACAAGUAUUUCGGCUUGGAGGUAUCUAUGGCCCUGGUAGAAGUGCUGUUGAUACAAUAAUUAAGCAAGGAGCUCUGUCAGAAAGUCAGAAAAUGAGAGUAUCCAGGCAAUACACAUCCAGAAUUCAUGUUGAGGACAUUUCUCAGGCACUCAAGGCCAGUAUACAUGCACCUUCUCAUGGGAAAGUUUACAAUAUUGUCGAUGAUGACCCAGCCCCUCGGGAAGAAGUUUUUGCAUAUGCAAGAGACUUGGUUGAGAAGAAGUGGCCUGGCCAGAUCAAGCAUUCCACCAACGAAUCAGAAUCAUUUAUAAAGAAGGGUAGUCCAAGGGGUGCGAAGCGAGUUUCCAAUGCUCGUAUGAAGAAGGAACUAGGAGUGAGGCUUCUCCAUCCAAAUUAUGGAUCAGGUUUGCAGAGCAUUAUCAACCAUAUGGAGCACCACGAAACCUAUCCAUCUUCCCUUCCUUAAUGUAACAGUGGGGAUAUAUCUGAUUAUUUUCAGCUGGCAAAAAUCACAACCAAGAAAACACAGAUAUGUGCCCUGGCAAUACCUUUGUCACUCCAAAUUCCUUAUUUUUAGUCUACAUCUAUGAUACCCAAACUGCCCCGCCAAAA